AACAAAGUGCCGUGGUUGGCAGUUACCAAGAAGAAAACCAACCCAUCCGAGAAUGUUUAUUUUGCUACAUUUUUACACUCCUUUUCACUUUUUUAAGGCUUCUGUGGUAAAUUAAAAGUUGCACAUAAACGGAGUCAAAGGUGAUUCAGUUAUCGGACGGUGCCCCGGGACGCUUUGCGGAGGGGCAAGUUUUUUCUCCUUCAGUAGAAAGGCAGACGUUUCAUCGAGCUGCUGCCAUAAGGAAAAACAGAACCAGGACCAAGCAACGAGCUGGCGAGCCAGAAAGACCUGAAAGAACCACGGCACGGCCUAUUCAGCACCACGGGGAGUCGGGGCCCGAGAGGGAGCCUGCCAGGCCCUUUGGCUUGAUGCACCCAGCCUGCCUUACCUCAACAACCACAGUCCGAGAUGGGGGAAACCAAAAUUAUCUACCACCUCGACGACCAGGAGACACCGUACCUUGUGAAGCUGGCUGUCCCGGCGGACAAAGUCACUCUCGCAGACUUCAAAAAUGUCCUCAAGAAACCAAAUUACAAAUUCUUCUUUAAGUCUAUGGACGAUGAUUUUGGGGUUGUAAAGGAAGAAAUAUCUGACGACAACGCUAAGCUGCCCUGUUUUAAUGGACGUGUAGUGUCAUGGCUUGUCUCUGGAGAUGGAGCUCACACGGACGCAGGCUCGGUCGCAGACAGCAUAGAGCCAACUCCACCUUUGGAGAGGACCGGGGGCAUUGGAGACUCGAGACCACCUUCCUACCAUGGGAAGGCAGCAGGCGGGCGGGACAGUUUGGACAAUGACACAGAAACCGGUUCCAUGGUGUCACAAAGGAGAGAGAGGGAGAGGGAGAGGCCGAGACGGAAGCACACAAACGAUCACGGUGGAAGACAGAACGGCUACUCUUUACGAGCGAUGGGACGCGGAGGAGUCGAGUACGACAGCUGCUCGUCCUUCAUGAGCAGCGAGCUGGAGUCUACUUCCUGCUUUGAUUCAGAGGACGAUGAUGCAACCAGCAGGUUCAGUAGCUCCACUGAACAAAGCUCCUCUAGACUAAUGAGACGACACCGCCGUCGCCGACGGAAACCAAAAGCGUCCAACAUGGACAGGUCGUCGUCAUUCAGCAGCAUCACAGAUUCCACCAUGUCGCUUAACAUCAUCACUGUAACGCUCAAUAUGGAGAAGUACAACUUCCUGGGCAUCAGUAUUGUGGGUCAAAGUAAUGAAAGGGGAGAUGGGGGGAUCUAUAUUGGGUCCAUCAUGAAGGGAGGAGCUGUGGCUGCAGAUGGACGCAUAGAACCUGGAGACAUGCUCUUACAGGUGAACGACAUAAACUUUGAGAAUAUGAGUAAUGACGACGCAGUCCGAGUACUACGGGACAUCGUGCACAAACCAGGCCCCAUUACUCUGACUGUUGCAAAAUGCUGGGACCCAAACCCCCGGAGCUGCUUUGCUCUGCCCCGGAGUGAGCCUAUCCGGCCCAUUGACCCAGCUGCAUGGGUUUCCCACACUGCUGCUAUGACCGGAGUCUAUCCUGCUUAUGGCAUGAGUCCUUCCAUGAGCACCGUCACCUCCACCAGCUCCUCCAUCAGCAGCUCGAUCCCUGAAACUGAGCGAUUCGAUGACUUCCAUCUCUCGAUCCACAGCGACAUGGCAACUGUUGCUAAGGCCAUGGCCUGCCCAGAGUCAGGGCUGGAGGUGCGGGACAGGAUGUGGCUCAAGAUAACCAUCGCUAAUGCCUUUAUUGGUUCUGAUGUGGUGGACUGGCUCUUCCACCAUGUUGAAGGGUUCUCAGAUCGCCGCGAAGCACGGAAGUAUGCCAGCAACCUGCUGAAAGCUGGCUACAUUCGACACACUGUCAACAAGAUCACUUUUUCUGAACAGUGCUACUAUGUCUUUGGAGACCUCUGUGGCAAUAUGACCCACCUGUCCCUACAUGACCACGAUGGUUCCAGUGGGGGUGCCUCAGACCAGGACACUGUCCCUCCGUUGCCCCACCCAGGGGCAGCUCCUUGGCCUAUGGCCCUUCCUUAUCAGUUUCCUAUUCCUCAUCCUUACGACCUGCCACAGCCUUUCCAUGGAGGGCCAGGUGCUGGCAGCGCAGGGAGCCAGCACAGUGGAAGCAGCGGCUCUAACUGCAGCAAGAACGAGGGACGGAAGUCUGGUGGCAGCGGCAGCGAACCAGAGAUCAGGAGCCACAGAGCUCCAAGUGAGCGCUCAGCGGCGCCCCCCAGUGAGCGAAGCAUUCGAAGCGCCAUCAGCCAUCGCAGUGCCAACUCCCACUCUAUAGCCUUUGGGCAUGGCCUUGUUUAUGGGCCCCCUGGCCUGCCCCCACAACCCGCACAUCUGUCGACUGCUGCACCUGGAGCCCCACAAGGCAGGGAGCUGACCUCUGUGCCCCCUGAGCUCACGGCUUCACGCCAGUCUCUGCGUAUGGCUGUGGGCAAUGCUGGAGAGUUCUUUGUUGAUGUAAUGUGACAUUGGGUUGUAGUUCAAUAACAAAGUAGCAGAUUUGAUAAUGUUUUGCCAAAAGGAUAAGAACGAUGGGGCAAGGAGUCAAGAUAGCAGAAAGCUAAAACUCAAGGCCUUGAUUACACUUUCCUAAAAGCAUAAAUGGAACCAACCCAGUCUAGCAUGCUAAAAAAAAAAAAAAAGGUUCAACCUCGACUGUUUUUCCUCCUAAUAAUUCCCAUACUUUCUUCAGUGAAGAAACGCCCUCGCUCAACAUGGAACCAAAGUGUCUUUCUCAGUGUCUGGUUCAGUUCAAUUCAGUUUAUUUAUGUAGCGCCAAGUCACAACAAAAGUCUUGAGGUACUGUA